CGCAGCAGACACGGGUGACGAGCAGCAACGAUCGUUUUUGGAGAGCGCGCCAGGGUUUCCCGAUCCUAAACCGUUCCAAGCCGAUUCCAACCGAUACGUUACGAUACGACCCGAUUCGCUAGAGGAACAAAAGCCAGCGGAAGAUCAAAAGGCGCGCGCACGGAUCAGUGAAUGCGGUUAAAUCGGUCCCAAAUCCAUCGAUCUUACGGUCGAGUUAAACUAAACCGAUAUAAUACAAAAUCCAAAAGCAUAGCAAAACCCAUUGUAGUGUCAUUAAGUGGUGUGUGCAGUUCCCGCUUCCCCAAUAAGGUGUGAUAAGUGCGUGAUAAUUUUCGAGGCAACCUAACCGAGUGCGAUCGUUUUGGCCCGAAAAUGUGCUAACCAGAUCUCAGUCUUGGUUCACGGCAUCGCAGCCCAACGCUGCUCCGCACAACUGGCGCCAAUUUGUAUACAAAUUUCAUGCCUUAAUUGAAACUCACAUUAUAGCCAAGUGCGAAAAGUUAACGACUAGGCAACCACCGACAAUCGCCAGCAUCACUUAUCCAUCCCAGCGAAUCCAACCGGUGAAAGUUUCACGGCGGAGUCGACAAAAAGCGAACGACAAUUGCAAUUCUGGAGUUCUUCAAUCAACUGUCAACGGGCGAAAUGGACCCAGAGUCGCAGUGUCCGCAGUACGGCGAGGUGAACCAGCUGGGCGGCGUCUUCGUCAACGGUCGUCCGCUGCCGAAUGCGACCAGGAUGCGGAUCGUGGAGUUGGCCCGCCUGGGCAUCCGACCCUGCGACAUAUCCCGCCAGCUGCGCGUGAGCCACGGCUGCGUGUCCAAGAUCCUGGCCAGGUACCACGAAACGGGCUCCAUACUUCCGGGUGCCAUUGGAGGCUCCAAGCCGCGGGUGACCACACCCAAGGUGGUCAACUACAUCAGGGAGCUGAAGCAGCGCGAUCCUGGCAUCUUUGCCUGGGAGAUCCGCGACCGCCUGCUCAGCGAGGGCAUCUGCGACAAGACGAAUGUGCCCAGUGUGAGCUCCAUUUCGCGGAUCCUGCGCAACAAGCUGGGCAGUCUGGGUGGUGGUCACCAGCAUGGACCAUCUGGAGCGGUGAUGGGCAGUGGCAGCAGCAGUGGCGGCGGCAGUGUCUCCAGCAAUGGUGGUCAGAACAACGGAGGUGCUGCCAAUAACAAUAUCAACUUGGGAAAUCUGGCGAAUGCCGGCGGUGGACCGCACCAUCCGCACCACCACCAUCAUCAUCAUCACCAGACGGCGGCAGCGGCGGCGGCCAGUGCCCAUCAUGUCCACGCCCAUGCCCAUGCCCACGCCCACCUAUACAACUCGAUCUACCAGCCGUACAGCGCUGCGGCAGCCUACAGCAUGAAGGCCGUGUCCUGCGGCAGUCCCUCGCCGCCGCAGGGAGCAGGGGGUGGUGGCCAGGGAUCAGGGCCCCAUCCGCACCAGCUCAGGAGUGUGGCCGCCGCCGCAGCAGCCGCCCACUGGCCCUCCUCCCACUCGGUCAGCGACAUUCUGGCCCACCACCAGGCGGUUGCGUUGCGGGCCAGCUGUCAAGUGGGCGGCAUGGUGGGUGGUGGCAUGGGCAGCACGGUGUCCCCGCUGCCCAUGACCCCAUCCCCUGUGGCUGGGACGGCCGGCGGUCAGACCCUGCUCGACUGCGAGGGCGGAGCCGGACAGCAGUCGCCGUACAACUACUACAUGUACUUCCAGAACGGCGGAAUGCACCACCAUCAUCACCACGGCGGAAUGAUGGCCGCCGGAGCCACUGGGUUAUGAGUGCAUGGCUCUACUAGCAGGGGUUGGUUGCGGGCUUAGCUACUCUUUCGAUCGCGGUUGUUCAGUCUAGGUUACUCUAGUCUAGUCUAAGCACUAUGGUCAUCAUAUCAUGGCACUCAUUUAUCACCCAAAAUAGUCAACGAUUAUACAUAGUACUUCUGUUUAGUUUUCA